AUGGGCGCCUUUCCUCCCCCCAUUGACCCGUCUUAUAUCCCCUCCGUCUCUCUGACAAGGCUCCCCGCGACGGCACCAACCGCCGACAUCAUCGCCACCCUGGAGCGCGAUGGAGCCCUCAUCUUGGUCGACCUCGUGUCUCCCCAAGAUGUGGCGGCCAUCAACGCCGAGAUCGAGCCGUACAUCCAAAAGGCCAGGGCCGAAAGCCACGAGGCGUACGACCUGAUCCCCAAGCAGACCGUCAUGGUCCCCGGCGUCGUGGGCAAGUCGCCGACAAUGGCGAGGAUGGCCGAGCUCGACGUCAUCGACACGCUGCGCACGCGGGUGCUGCAGAGAAAGUGCACCGCGACGUGGGAGGACCGCACCGAGGACUUCUCCAUCGACCCUCUGCUUAACAGCAGCCUGACGUACCACAUCAGCUACGGCGGUCCGCGGCAGAGGCUGCACAGGGACGACAUGAUUCACGGCAUUUACCACCGCGGCGGCGAGUACAGCCUGUCUGACGAGACGAUGCUCGGCUUCAUGAUUGCCGGGUCCAAGACGACAAGGGAGAAUGGGGCGACCAUGGCCAUUCCCGGCUCGCAUAAAUGGGAUCAUGCGCGGGUGCCGCGGGUUGAUGAGGUUUGCUUCGCGGAGAUGGAGCCGGGCUCGGCGCUGGUCUUUCUGGGCACCGUGUAUCACGGCGCCGGGCAUAACUCGGUGCCGGACCAGGUGCGCAAGAUAUACGGCCUGUUUUUCAUCCCGGGGACGCUGCGCCCCGAGGAGAAUCAGUUUCUGGCCAUUCCGAGGAGUAAAGUGCUGGGGAUGAGUGACAAGAUGCUCUCUCUUUUGGGUUAUAAGAAGCCGGGUACUUGGCUGGGCAUUGUGAAUAACGGCGACCCGGCGGAAAACCUUGCCGAGGUGCUGGGCAUGGCCAACUCGUGA